AUGGGCAAGGCGUGGCAUGCGACCAAGCAAUUUCCAUGGGAAAAUGCCCGGUAUGUCGGUGGAGUGGAAAACGUCAAAAUUAACAUCACGCUUCGUAUCUAUUCUCAGAAGUGGCAUGUCUAUGCCGGUCUAGCUAUCAUGAACCCCUAUGCCCGAGAGCAAAUCCGACAAUAUGCACAAUCGGUCACAGAACUAUUUAAGCUAAUGCUUGCCGGUGAUCACGCUCAGCUAACUGAACGCGUAAAAAAAGCUGGAGCCUUUGUUUUUAGUGGUCAUCAGUGGGCUGAAAUUCGUCUACAGGAUGAGCUUCUAGAUCGAUUUUCAUUGGGCACGAAAGCUGAAACUCCCCUUCCAAAUAACCAUUUGAGUCUCUUCGCCAUGGUGGAUUGCUGGUUUCAGCUUGGUAUCGUACCAUAUGACCACAUGAUUUGCUCUACUCCUCUCUUUCGUCUUUGGCUGGGAGUCACUGAGUAUUUAUUUCGAAAGCCCGCCCUGCUGGAUGAAGCACUGCGCACAGCGGUGGAUGAUAAUUCUUUUAGAUCAGAGGAUUUUGAGUUCACUUUCGCAGCUCGAACUUGGAGUGAAUGUGUCACCUUCGGCGCCUUCGAUCACUACCAGGACAGGUUUGAGAGUACACAAAAAUUUUUCGAAUCUAGGUUUGAAGACGCCACCCGAGUUGGAAAUGAUAUGAUCAAGUGUAUUUUGGCUGCCUCUGCAAAGUAG